UUCUUCUAUGGCGGAGUGGGUGGGCAUCUUGCUCGUCGUCUUGCUCGCUCAGUCUCUGAAUUCUUGCGUGAUUAGCGGCAAAAGAAAUGUGUUCGUUCCGCAAUUUCCUGCUCAUGAGUGUGUGUUGGUACAGCUGUUCCUGAAGUAACGAUGAAACCAAUCAUAGAACUGGAUGAGUGCAUUCGGGACUCCCCGAAGUUCAGGGAGGUUCUGGAAGAAAACGAAGAAAGUAUAGACCUUCUGGAAGCCAAGCUAGAAAAGCUUGUGCGGCUAUGCUCAAAUAUGGUGGAGACUGGAAAGGCACACGUGUCAGCGAAAAGCGCUUUUAUCAACGGUAUCUGGGAUCUCUUAGGCUACUUCAAAGAAGAUGGCUCCAUCGUUAACUCACUCAACAGAUUCAUUCAAAUACUAACAGACGUCAUGAAGUAUCAGACGAUACUCCUCGACCAGGCACAACGAACUAUCAUAAAGAACCUGAACAACUUUGUUAGGAACGAUAUUCGUCAAAGCAAAGACACUCGAAGGCACUUUGAGAGAAUAAGUGAUGACCUGGACAAUGCUCUGUUGCGCAACUCACAGGUGCAACGCAGCAAAGCGGUUGAGUGUGAAGAUGCCCAUAACGUGCUGAUUGCUACACGCUCCUGUUUUCAACACUUGGCCCUGGACUACGUGCACCAGCUGAGCUGCUUACAGUCAAAAAAGCGCCAUGAGGUUCUGCAUACACUCCUCUCUCUGAUGCAUGCGUAUAGCACAUACUUCCAUCAAGGAUCUGACUUGUUUCAAGAAUCAGAGUCCUUUCUCAAGAACUUGGGAACGAAUCUGGAAAAGCUUGGUAAAGAAUCAGUGGACCUGUCAAAGCAACUGGACUCUAGACAUGUUCUGGUCACCUCCAAAGAUGUAGUUCCAGUUAUGUGCAAGGAGCCAUCUUCAAAUAAUGGCAUUGUACUCGAAGGUUAUCUGUUCAAGCGUACUUCCAAUGCCUUCAAAACAUGGAACCGGAGGUGGUUCAUGAUACAGAGUAGUCAGCUGGUUUACCGUAAGCGAACUGGAGAAGAAGCAAAAACUGUCAUGGAGGAGGACCUGCGUCUUUGCACUGUGAAGCACGCUCACGACAUCGACAGGCGUUUCUGCUUUGAGGUUCUCUCCCCUUCAAAAAGCCAUAUGUUGCAAGCUGACUCUCAGGACUCUUACGACUGCUGGAUCACAGCGCUCCAGUCGAGCAUCUCUCACGCUUUGAAUCAACAGUCACACGAGGAGGAAGAUGACAAAGUCAGCAUGAGUGACAAGGAAAGUUCAUCUGAAGGCUCCUUAUCGUCGGUGUCGAGGAAGAGUGCCAACCCCAUUCCAAAGCCACCUCGAGCACACAUACAACUCGUCACCAUUCCAGGCAAUGAGCUGUGCUGUGAUUGCAAAUCUACAGAGCCCAAGUGGGCGAGUAUCAAUCUUGGAGUCACCUUGUGCAUUGAGUGCUCUGGAAUCCACAGGAGCCUAGGAGUGCACGUGUCCAAAGUGCGAUCUCUCACUCUCGACUCGUGGGAACCCGAAAUAUUAAAAGUAAUGGCAGAACUCGGAAACCUGGUCAUCAACAAAAUUUACGAGGCCCAUGUGGAUGAAUCAGUUGCUGCAAGAGCAACACCUGACUGCAGCAGAGCUGUCAGGGAAGCAUGGAUCAAAGCAAAGUAUGUUCAAAAAGCAUUUGUGAAGCCAUUACUAGGGUCCUCAGCUUGCCUCACUCCGGAGAGAGUUCCUCACGAAAUACCGCGUCGAUGGAGUGUAAGGAAGAUUCAUCGCAGAAGAAGAACAAUGCCACCUACGACGAAAGCCAAGCCUUUGGCUGAAGAAGUAGCAAAACCAACUCGACCAGCAAGUGCUGCAUUACCUCCCAGCUCUGCAGAGAAUAUUAACACAGUGUCAGCAGACCCCCUUAGAUCUGAAGCAACGAGUAGCAUAGCACCUAAAGGAAGCGACACGGAACUGAAUGCUGUGUCCUCACCUGAAGAAGAUAGUAAAACAGCCACACUGGUACAGGGCGGGUCAGAUGGGCUGCCCCAAAAUGUGUUAGUGUUCGGAGAAGCCUUAGUUCAAGUGCCUCCACCAUCAUCAAGUCUCGACAUAGACAGUGCCGACGAAUCGCCAACACAAGAUGAAGAGGAUACCACUCCAGAGGAGGACAUUUCCAACUUGAGUCCAAGCCUCUUACUGUACAGGGCUGCUGCUGCUCACAACCUUCCUGUAAUGUGCCUCGCCCUCGCAAACGGUGCAGACCCAAACUGGACCAACCCGGAUGAAGAGGGACGCUAUCCACUGCACCAGGCCAUUAAAAGUGGCUCAAUCAUGGCAUGUGAGUUCCUUCUGCUGAAUGGAGCCAAACUCGACAAUGCAGACUCCAAGGGUCGUACAUCUCUUCAUGUGUCCACUCUUCUUGGGAACACUGGGCAGGUGUGCCUACUUCUGAAGCACGGCGCAGACCAGCAUUCUCAAGACUUGGAUGGGGCAACAGCUUUGCAGAUGGCCAUCAACAAUGCCAACCCAGACAUUGUGACAAUGCUCCGCUUGGCCAAGCUUAAUGAGGAAAUUAGGAGGGACGAGUUUGGGAACCCCGGAGAUGACACCUUCAUAGAUGUUGUUCGAGAUUUUUCCCACAUGGCUUCCAAUAACCCAGAGAAGCUGCGUCGGCAGCCAAGUGGACUUGUUGAGUGAGAGUGCUUUCUGUUCUGAUUGUUACGGAAGCAGUUGUUAGGAAGAACAUGUUGUACAGUUCUUUGUAUAUUUAUGUGGCUUUUUUUUUUUUUUUGCCUGCUCUGUGCUAUGGUCGGUUACCUUACCAUUCCAUAAGCCAUGCGCUAGUUCACCAUAGUGCAUCGAGACAGGGCACACGUAGCAUGCUUUGCUUGUUUCUCGUACAGAGGUAGUGAUUUGUGAUCAUUUCCGUGCAACCUGUAUAGCGCGUUGCCCUCUGUCCAAAUGUGAAGCACUAGUGCUCAGUGACGAUGAGAAAUGUGAUGCUUGUUAGCGUCAUCACUUUUACCUUAGAAAUGCAUGCAGUGCUUGUGUUUCAUAGUGUAGGUUGAGAGAGAGAUACACCAAAUAUCAUGUAGCUUUCUGUGAUCCGAGGUCACACUGGAACAAAUAUACUUUAUAUUCUUUUUUGCUAUACAUAAAAAUCAAACAUAUUUACAGUAAAAAUCGUGGUUGAGGCCUCUAUGUUUGCAGUAUGCACUUGGAAGCAUUAAAUGACUCCAAAUUCUGG